CUUCUCAUGUCGUUUCUUCCAGGUAGGGGAUGGCAGUGAAUGUGUACGCCACAUCUGUGUCCAUUGACAACCUCAGCCGACAUGACAUGCUGGCAUGGGUCAAUGAUUCUUUGCAUCUCACCUACACUAAGAUUGAACAGCUCUGUUCAGGAGCGGCAUAUUGCCAGUUCAUGGACAUGUUGUUUCCGGGUUGUAUCCUUCUGAAGAAGGUCAAAUUUCAAGCCAAGCUGGAGCAUGAAUUUAUACACAACUUCAAAGUUCUUCAGGCAGCUUUCAAAAGGAUGAGCGUUGACAAAAUUAUUCCUGUAGAGAAGCUCGUAAAAGGGAAGUUCCAGGACAACUUUGAAUUCGUGCAGUGGUUCAAGAAGUUCUUCGAUGCCAACUACGACGGGAAGGAGUAUGACCCUUUAGUAGCCAGACAGGGGCAAGACGUGGCCCCUUCCCCCAACCCAGGUGAUCACUUUAUCCACAAACCAAAGAGAAACCCAGGACCACAGAGGACAUCUCCAACAGUUCCCAAAAACAUGCCAACACCACAGCGGGUCCAACACAACACUCCAGCUUUGAGGAAGAAUCCAGCUUUGUCUAGAAAUGGGGGCAGUGAUGCUGAGAUCAUGGAGCUAAAUCAACAGUUGAUGGAGUUGAAGUUGACCGUAGACGGACUAGAGAAGGAGAGAGACUUCUACUUCAGCAAACUACGGGACAUUGAGCUGAUCUGCCAGGAACACGAGAGCGAAAACAACCCGGUCCUCAGCAAGAUAAUCGACAUUCUCUACGCAACAGAGGAAGGUUUUGCGCCUCCGGAGGAUGAUGAACUCGAUGAACAAGCUCACCUGGACCAGGAUGAAUACUGAACCCUUCAUUUCCCCUUCCCCCUCUCUAACAUCUCCAUCUUCCCUUUCUUUUUCUUUUUGCCCUCGUUUGUUUUCUGCUCUUUCUCUCUGCACGCUCUAUAAAUACUCACCAUUAUUCCUGCUCUCUCUGUCCGUCUUUUCCUUUUCUUUUCUCAUAUGUAUAUCUGUUUAUAACCUCCCCCCCUCACCCUCCGUUCACCCUCUGGCCGUCUACAUACUACACAACCACUCUGCAUCAUCAUUUGCCGCUCCUCCCUGCCUCCACUCACACAGUACCAAUAACAGUAAUAAUCAACAUAUCCCAGUUAUUUCAGCAUGAGUAACGCAGAACCGAGCCUGGCAUGGAGGUUGUUAUGGAAAAACAGUGAAUUUUAAGUCUGUAAAUAUUGCCGAGAGAACAAUGUCUUAGCUCGUAAUGGAGUUAUUUAUUUGCCUUUGGUGCGCUGUGAUACUUCUAUUAGAGCACAGAACAACGCUGCUCCGAUGUGCCAUCAGGACACUCCCAGAGCUACUAAAACUGUAACAAAAGUGACUUUUUAAUAACAAUUUCUUAUUUAUUUAACUUAUAUUUCAUUUCGAUUAACUUUCUGUAGCAAAAUUGGUGCAAAAAACCUACUGUAAAUGAACUGAAAGCUGAGGCCAUGUGUUAUGUCAGUUUUGUUUUGUGCUUGAGUCAGCAUCAAGCUUUUAGUUUCUGUUAUGGUGGGUUCAUGGCAUGUAGAAACGCUGAAGGAAAUUCUUUGGUGUAAUGACUCAAGGCAUAUGAUCAGUGCUCUGCGAUUAUUCGUUAUUGAUCAGCAACAUAUCUGAGCAUGAGAAUGUUACACAUUGACUGUGAAUGAGUGAUAUUUUGUAUAUGUAUGUAUUUUGUGUGGAGAUUUUGUCCCAUGUCGCACGAUCCUGGUAAAUUGCAGUCGUAUCUUUUAGGUCGACGGGGUGGAAAAGCCACCUACAGACUGACAAUAUGGUUAUAGAUUGUAGCAGUUCUAAUGUUUUAUUCUAAAAUAUAAAGGGAGCCUGACACUGAAUUAAUACAAACACAUUUUUCACAUGACAGCUUUCAUCAUGACUUUCCUGCUAAUCUUGUGUUUACACUUCUAAUUUGCUGUUAUGGGUUGCCCAAGUUGUAGUUUUGGAAGAAAGUCAGUAAUAAAGAGAUCUGUGAUCGGUUAACUGGUCAUCAUAAGAAUCCAGUUAAACCAAGGAAGUCUCCUUGUCCUAACCUAGCUAUUUUGAUUUUGCAAACUGGCUGUCGUCUGCUCUGGAACUUGCAUUCAUUGACCAUGUAAACAUCUACAGAACACUCAUCUUUUGAGUUUUGAAUAAAUAAAACAGUUGUGAAAGAAA